CCCAGACCUCACAAAUACCCCCAUAACCCCCCCUCAGACCCGCUGGGUACCCCCGUAUCCCCCCCCCAUGUUGUGGGGCUGCCCCCCAGCACUGCCCACCCUGCCCCCAUCCCGCAGCCAGCCGAGGAGAAAGCGCAGCUGCUGCAGAACGCCGAGUACCAGGAGACCAUGGUGGAGUCCACCUUCAUGUACCUGACUCUGGAUCUGCCCACUGCUCCGCUCUACAAGGACGAGAAGGAGCAGCUCAUCAUCCCCCAGGUGCCUCUUUUCAGCAUCCUGGCCAAAUUCAACGGGGCCACUGAAAAGGAAUACAAAACCUACAAGGAAAACUUCCUGAAGCGCUUCCAGCUCACCCGGCUGCCGCCCUACCUCAUCUUCUGCAUCAAACGCUUCACCAAGAACAACUUCUUCGUGGAGAAGAACCCCACCAUCGUCAACUUCCCCAUCACUAACGUGGACCUGCGGGAGUACCUGUCGGAGGAGGUGCAGGCUGUGCACACCCACACCACCUACGAUCUGAUCGCCAACAUUGUGCACGAUGGGAAACCCUCCGAGGGCUCCUAUCGCAUCCACGUCCUGCACCACGUGAGUGCUGCCUUCAGCUUUGGGGGGGGAAGACCUGUAACCAGCGGUGUUCCCCAGGGGUCGGUGCUGGGUCCGGUCCUGUUCAGCAUCUUCAUC